UUGAAAAAAUCAGUGUUGAAAAAUGGCUUCUUUGAGGAGCCCGUCUACGCCGACCGACGGUUACAAAAGGUUCAGUGAUGAUUUCGCAAACACCAGCAUCAACAAUUACGGCUCAAACGUCACAAGUAAACCAGAAGCUAAGAAUUUUCCAUGCACUGUAGCAGCCAAAUUACACAAGAACCGGCGAUGGCGCAGGCGACACGGGCACCCUGGACAUGGGCAGCAGGUCGUCCCUGCACACAGGGAUCCACAUGUCCGAGGACGAGCAUUGGGAGAUGAACUAUCACGAGGCUGCUAUAUAUUUAGAGGAAGGUCAAAAUAAUGAGAAGUUCGACUCCCACCCGUCGAGCCCCGAGGAGCUGCCCGCGUACCUGAGGGUCCACAACCCCUGGUACCACGGCCUGGACCUGCUGGCGUCGUUGGUGCUCAUAUUGCUGGCCUUCACUGAGGUCCCCGCUGUGCCUGCUUUUGAGCUUCCUGUUUGGGCACACGGCACGAUAGAGCUGCUGGCUCUGUCCAUCAUUGGAGUGGAGCUACAUCUCAAACUGAAGUGGAUAGGGUGGAGCACAAUACUUAAGCAUAAGAGAACUAUGAUAAAGGGAAUAACUCUGUUGAUAAUGUUGCUGGAGGCCGUGGUGGUGCUCUGUCGACAGUCCUCCCACUUCAGGGUGACGCGGGCGCUCCGCCCCAUCUUCUUGGUGGACACGCGCCAUUUCGGGGGUGUCAGGCGGUUCAUACGACAGAUACUGCAGAGUUUGCCGCCUAUUAUUGAUAUGUUAGGUUUACUAAUGUUCUUCGUUGCCACAUACUCGUUGCUCGGGUACUAUCUGUUCUCCGAGCACAUAGACAACGGACACUUCAGGACAAUCAGCGAUUGCUUUGUAAGCAUGUUUGUGCUGCUGACUACUGCCAAUUUCCCUGACGUUAUGAUGCCGUCGUACGCCAAGUCGAAAUGGUACGCGUUGUUCUUCAUCCUGUACAUCAUCACGGUCCUCUAUGUUUUGAUGAACUUGAUGUUAGCCGUUGUCUACGAGACAUUCACUAGGAUAGAAAGAGAGAAGUGUCGUGCGUUGUUGUUGCACAGACGGCGCGCGGCGCGCCACGCCUUCCGGCUGCUGGUGUCGCGCCGUGCGCCCGCGCACGUGCGCCUGCGCCACUUCGUGGGGCUCAUGAGGCACUAUGCUCCACAUUAUAGUGGUCUGGACGUGUACCUGAUGUUCAAGCACCUGAACCAGUCGGGCAGCGGCGCGCUGGAGCGGUCGGAGUUCGCGAACGUGUUCGAGGUGUUCGCGCUGCGCUGGUGCGCGCAGCACGCGCGCGCGCCCUGGUACGCCGCCUCGCGCCUCGAGCCCGCCGCGCGCGCGGCCGCCGCCGCUGUACGGUGGCCCUAUUUCGAGUACUUGAUUUAUGCCCUGAUAGUCGGUAACGGGAUAUCGAUGGUGCUGCGCGUGUGCGAAGCAGCCGGCGACCUGCAGGACAGCGCCAGGCUUCUGUGCGCUUCGUGGGACACCUGGCUGUUCCUUACAUUAUUCCUUCUGGAAGCAACUCUCCGCAUCAUGGCUCUAGGAUUACCAGCAUAUUUAGAAAGUGGCUGGAACGUAUUCGAUUUGAGUGUCACCCUAUUGGCAUUGAUGGGCGCUGUGCUACUGAGCAUCGCGCCUAAACUCUUCAUUGUGGUCAUAUUUAGGCCACUUAGACUGAUGCGUCUGUACAAAAUGAAGAAGCGUUACCGCGACGUGUUCGGUACACUGGUGCUCCUCUCUCCACUGAUGUCGUCGGCCGGCUGCGUUAUGCUGGUUAUGUACUUCUUCUUCGCUGUCAUCGGCAUGGAGCUGUUCUCGUCUUAUGACCUGAAAAACUGCUGUGUAAACACAACUGUAGAAGACUUCUACAAAUACUCGCUGAACAGCUCGACGGCGCUGGGGUACUACUACUUGAACAACUUCGAGAACAUCGUCACCAGCGGCGUGACCUUGUUCGAGCUGACCGUCGUCAACAACUGGUUCAUAUUGAUGAACGCGUUCGCUACUGUGGCGGGACAGUUCAGCAGGAUUUACUUCAUGGUGUUCUACCUGUUCACGAUGGUGGUGCUGACGAUCGUGGUGGCCAGCGUGCUGGAGGCGUUCCGGUUCAGGAUACAGUACAAGCGGAGCACGACAAAGAGAGACGAGGAGAAACUGUUACACGAAGAAGUCCACACGAGUUGGGAAGAAGCACAAAGAUUAGGAGCCAGCGGCAACCUGGCCGACGAGCUGCGUCCGUAUCUUCCUCCAGGAGUGGAGGUAACGUUCAUCGGGUCCCGGCCGCGCACCAAGGAGGUGCUGCAGCGCCGGAUGUACCAGACGGAGAUACAGAAGUGGCUCGCUGAAGAGGAUGACGAUGAAGUUCCCACAGCUCUUCCCCCCUCAACGACGCUGGAGCCGCUGGCGCAGCAGCCGCUCGGCGCCGGCUACCAGUUGUAGAACAUGAUCCUCAGCGCGCUGAUGCAACAGCUCGCGACAAUCUGGGAAGCCAUAAAGACUUUAUGAUGGAAUCUGUUCAGGUGGUUUUUUGGUUCGUUUCAAGCGUAAAUAAUGAAAAAAAAAAACGUGAAACUUUAAUAGUACAGCAAAAUCAAGUCACGUGAGGGCAUAAAAAUAUCUAAUCAAAUUAAAUGAUUUUUUUGGUUCGUUUCGAACGUAAAUAAUGAAAAAAGUGAAACAUAGUGAAUUAGAACGUAAGUAGUACAGUGAAAUUAUUUGAAUGAAUGAAUUAACAUUUAUUGCCAAAAAUUAAACACCACAACACAAUAUAUUUCAUGGUAAAACGUCAAAAUAUUUCGUUUCAAGCGUAAAUAGUACAUAAUUUUAUGUAAACUAGAUUUAACAUUACUGGACAAUGAACUAGACACAAAAUAAGUUUAAUCUUUAUACUGCUAUAAUAGUCCACAAAUGUGUAAAUGCUUUUCUGAUGGGUUUUAGUUCCAUUCCGGCGUAAAUAGUGUGUCAAAAUGGUUUUCAUUGUGUGAAUUAGAGCCAUGGGUAUGAAAAAGGAAAGUUUUAGUGAAUUUGUAGAUCUUAAGUAUAAAUAUAUAUAAUAAUCGUUAUAGAUACGGAACCCUAAAAAAGAUCUCCACACAUUAGCCUAGUUUUUAAGAUGAAAUGGUGCAUGGAUACCAGCAAAUUUUAAAUAACUUAUUUCAAAAAAUAAAAAUGAGGAUGUUACUUAUUGCUUUUAUAAUGUGAAAAUAAAAUGAUAUUAUUAUAAUAUAUUAAAAUAAAUUAUACUAACAUCAUAUGCAGACUACGAUUUGAUAAUAUUUCUUUUUACAGUGUCAAUUAAAAAAAUAAAUUGCACAUAAAAAUAAAUUAUUAUCGAAUUAUAAAUUAAUAAUAUAAUGCAUAGUAAAUUGAAGUCAUAACAAUCGUAAACAUAACAUUAUAGUUUUCAUUUCUUAUUUAUAUAUAACUAUAAAAAGGAAUGAUUUUAGAAUGUUGAAUAUAACUUAGGAAUAUAUUAUCAGAAAAUGCUUGAGCGUAAAUUUUCAUUUUUUUAUUUAUUUAUUAUACUGAAAAUUUUUUUUAUAUAUGUAUAGUGCAUUGGAUUAAUUCCGAAAAUAUUCCGGGUAUAUUACGAAAUUAAAAAAAAAAACUACUAAUCUGAACGAUAUAUCCUUGUUGCUAAUUCUACAAUUUUAAAAUUUAAAAUUCUUAAAUCUAGCCGCCAUUUUGAUUGGCCUGGCCGCAAUAUGUUGAGGCAUUAGUGUCUAGGAUACGUAAGUAGCAUCAAAUUUUCAGGUUCAAGUCUUAUUCGCGCCAUUUUUGUUUAUUUUUAUAAUAUAUCAAAGAUAGUUCGUAAUUUCCCCUACACGAAAAAAUAUGAUUCGAAAUUUUAAAUGCUCGAUUUGAAGAACAUAAUAACAUGUUUAAGAUUCUAAUACAAUUAGUAAUAAGUACAUCCUUUUAUUGAGUACACAGAGGUAAAAAAUCUUCGAAUAAUUAACCGAAACAUAGACAUAUAGUCUAGUCAUCUCUUAGAAAUUUCUGUCGGAAUUUACCAUCCGGUACAAAUGCACCGGCCAUAUUAUAUAUUAUAAUAAUUAUUGUUUACCUAUUGUGUGUCGAUUCUCCGCGAUCAGUUUAAAUGCGAACAUAAUUUAUUUUCAUUGUAUCCCAUAUGGAUUUUCAACUCCGUCUGAAAUUACCUAGAUAUUUAUUUUACUGAAUAAUAAAUGCGAAUAACCACUGUGAUAUGUAGCGUGAAUUGAUUGGGAAAUGUAUUAAAACAUUAUUUAUUUAUUUUUUUUAUAUUACUUUGUUAAGAUAUAGAUAUAGAACACGUGUUUAUUACGUGAGAUUAUGUGGUUGUAUUAAUUACCAAAGCAUAUUUUGUGUUUAGAUGAUAUUUUCUUUGAUAUUGUAAUUUUAUUAUUAUUUAGUUGUAAUGUUAAGUUUAACGGUAAAUUAUAUUCAUUCAAUAAUGACAUGUGUUUACGUAUAUUUUUACAAUUUUGUUCAUAUAUUUACUAUUUUAUUUAAACUUAAAAUGUAAUUUCAAGAUAAUAAAAUAUUCCAAUUUUCGUUUCACAAUUAAGUACAUUGUAUUAAGUAUUCUUUUAAUGUAAGUGUACUGUCGUAAUCUAUAUAUUAUAUUAACAUUAAAUAUAUCAUUCAAUAAAGGCAUAAAUCGAUAUAAAAUCAAGGGACAAGAUGCUAUAAUCAUUAUCGCACCGUGUGACGACCUGAUUUGUUAAAUGAAAAAGAAAACUUUUAGAUGUAAAAAAAAUGCUAUAAGGAUGGUGCUUUAGCUUGAAUUUGAAACGGUGCUGGCGUGUGAAGUAGCGUCGCAAUAUUGCUUUUAGAUAAAAAAAAUGUAGAAUUUAAUAUUUCAUUAAGUAAUCAAUAAAUAACUUUAUAUUUGUGAAGUUUCAAGGGUAAUAGUACCAUAUGGUUAAUUUUUAGUCAUGUAAUAGCCAUGGCAAAUGCUUUUAGGCGACUUAAAGUAAAUCUGAAGUCGGUUUUAAUUACACACUGGAAAAGAAGUUACUCUGGUACAAAAACAACACACACAUUUACCCUUGGAACAAAAUGUGUUAUGAUAUUUUUUAUGUAAAUAUUUUAAUCAAUUUAUGGUCACAAUUUUUAUUUUCUCUAUCAUGUUCUUAAUCUAUGAUUUAACAAGUCACAUGGUUGUUUUAAAUGAUUAUUAUAGCCAAAUAAAUACUCAUUGCCCCAUAUAAUAUCAUUCAUAUUUAGUCGUCACUGUUACAUGCAACUACGAAUAUUUCUGUGUAAAGUCAGCAUUGAUGUGUAUCUGCACUCAAUUUUGGACUUUAGCCACAUUGGAAUAAGAACCAAGGCGUGCAUACAUGUUAAUGUACGUGAGUAUACAUAAUGUCAUUAUGGUAGUUAUGGAUGGACGUCGCUUUUGGUGUUUCAAUUGUUCAUUAACAAUAUACCUAAUACCCACGUCGUAAGCGAUUGCCUUCCAUAUUAAGGUACCUACAUUUUAUCGUGCACGUCACAUAAUGUCGAUCAAAAUGGAUUAUUAUUAAAUGGAACUAAUUUAACAACUAAGUAUUUAAAAUAUAUAUAUAUAUAUAUAUAUAUAUAAAGCGAUUGUUGUACUCAAAUCUAUAAUAUAUUUAUAUAAUUUUUAUAUUAAACUUUAUAGGAUACGAUGGGGCUCGCAUAUCUGUAUAGAUAAAAACCCUUUGAAAAUAUUAACAAUAUGUGAUUUUAGUCUAUUUCCAGGAUAACUGAAUGUUAGUAAACAUUAUGAAUUCUACUGUAAACAUUACUUUACAUUUUGUGCAGUCGUGUUAAACAAUUACCCUAGAUUAUUAUUUGUAGAGAUUUAUUAAUUAAUAAUGUACCUAACUACCUAUUGUCUUUGUAGAACUAUUUUAGAUGAAAACUAAAAACGUAUAAUAUCAAAGAAAAAAAAUAUGCUUAUUAAUUAUGACGUUACAUGGAUAAAGGUGACGAGAGGUUUAUGCGCAACCUUACUAAGCCAUACUUACAUACUAAUAUUAUAAAUGGGAAAGUCGGUCUAUCUGGCUAAACCGCUGGACAGAUGUGGAUGAAAUUCGGUAUGCAUAUAGUUAAAAAGCCGCGUUCAAAUAUUGGCUAGUAUUUUUUUCAAAAAUAAAUCCCCAAGUGAUAAUAGUGGGUGAACAUUUGUAUGAAAAGCGACUUCUCUCUAUAAAGCAUUUUUUCAUGGAACGUCACAAUGUUUAACCUAUAAUUAUACAUAGUUAAUAUGGCGUGGUAGCUAAUGAAAAUUAUGAUGGAGCUAUAAAGGGUAACUAUGCGGUAUAAAGGUGAAGGGUCCAAUGCAUAUAUUGGAAAAAGUAUUAAUGCUUCUCGAAUUUUACGGGUGUUAGGAUGCACACCAUUAUUACUUAAACCAUAUAUGUUAAACCAUAAAAUAUAACGGUUCAAGUCAUUGUUAAAUUAAUUUCAUUCAUUCUUAUUUUGGUUUUUCGUUAAUGACGCGCGCGAAUGUCAUUUUUAUGUCGACUAAUCUUUUUACUAAAUUCAGACAGAUGCUGUCGAAUGAAUGAAUUUCUCGCAGUUUAUAGGUACGAGAGAUUUUAUUGUAGUAAAUUUUAGAUAAAAAAUGAAUAGAAAUAUUUUUCAUUGAUUCUGAAAUCUAAGUAGUUAAGUAUUUGUGUUACAGAAUGUCUGAUUUCGGGGAUAACGGUGUUCAUUCUAACCCCGGUAUAGUAUAAAUAGUUAUGACUAAUAUAUAAUCUAGGCAGCUUUAAAUUAGAUGCCAGAAAUUUGUGUUCAGCAUUGAUAUAAUUAUUAUAAUGUACUUCCUUUUUCAUUUAUUUGAAAAUAAUGUUAUCUUAAUUCUGUUUAUUAAUGCAGUGAUUUGUUAAAUAUGUCACUCGCCACUAAUUCCAAGUUAAGUACAAUAAACUGCAUUCUAUGUUACCUGUGGAAAUAACCUUGAACAAAAGAGACGUGUUAUGAUAUGAAAUGAAUUUUCCAGAAAAUAUUGAACCUCCAUUUUUAUUUUGUUUUUUACCGAUACUUAUGUUUUUUAUGAAUUCCGAUGUUUAGACAAAGUAGGUAGGUCCUCAUUAGUAGAGUUGACAGCAGAUAUACAUCCUAACAAAUCACCACAGAACUUGUCUAGUUUCGAUUGAGUUCUGUGCUAUUAACACUGGCAAAAAACAUCCAUACAUUUUCAUUUUUUCAGACUCGAUAUAGUGGCAUAAAUAAAUUAAUUCACUGUAUUUCAGAUAGUAUAUAACAAAAUACAUGAAUACCUAAUGUAUAACCACGCAGACCAAAAUACAUAAGUUCGGGUUUCAUACGAUAUUUUAAAUCUUCAAUAAACAUGUCGAAAAUAUUUUUCCAAAGUCAAAAAUUAAAGUUUUUAAAGUAAUUAAAUGUUUCAAUUCAAAAUUUCAGUAUAUCUGCCGGUCAACUCAACUAAUUUGAACUAGGAAUGUAGCAGUAUUAUUGAUUUUAUUCACAAAAAUUCUUAUAAUUUAUUUUUUAGAUAAUCACGUUGUUAACAUGCAAAUCGUAACACUAUGAUAAUGUGUUAAUAUUUUAAUGUGAAUAAAUGCACUUUUAGGUA